AUGGAUGGUGAUCAAGAUAACACUCUCCAACAUGGCUCCCGACAAGAUGUUUCUCCUGCUAUUAUGAAUGGAGUUUCUGCUGAGAUUACUGAAGAGAUAUCACCAAGCCAACAUGAAAGAUGGAGAGACCUUGUGUUUGAUAUACAGUUGAGAACACAAGAGGACGCUCAUGACGAUUUCUUGAGAGCCAAUGAAUCCUUCACUCCUUCUACUCCAAGUCCUGUGACCAAAAGGUUCAACUUCUCUCCCAUGGAAAGUCCUAGAAUAGGGAGACGCGUUGGUUCCAUGAGUCCUUCCUCCUCAAGAAGAAGGACUACUCUCAAGAAUGUCUUUAACUUCAAAGGGCAGAACCACAAUGCAGAUAUUGAGGAAGGUGUGGCAUUGGUGUAUGAGGGCAGAGAUAAGUAUAAUAUUCCAAGAACAUGGUCUCUCACUAAUAUCUUAACUCCUAAAAGAUCCAAGAAGACACAGUCUUUACCUGUUACCCCUUUAGCUCACUCAAAUCCUGAGUCCAUGCAUGGGAGAUAUGCAGUUGAUCAAGUUACAUCCAUGAAAAGAGAGCGGACACUGCCUAUUCGCCGCACACGUUCUUUCCCAACGCUCAUCGACAAAGAUGGCAAUGCGAAGCCCGUAGGGGUUCUCCGUGUGAUUUCUACUCCUUCCCGUGUGGAUACAGAGAGUCUAGAGUUGAUGCAUGAACAUCACGAUGGUGGAGAAGAUGUUCCUGAAGAGGAAGCUGUGUGCAGAAUCUGCAUGGUUGAGUUAGGACAAGAUUCAGAAGCUUUCAAGAUGGAAUGCAUGUGCAAAGGAGAACUAGCUCUUGCCCACAAAGACUGCACUAUCAAAUGGUUCACAAUCAAAGGGAACAUAACAUGUGAUGUGUGCAAGCAAGAGGUGAAAAAUCUCCCCGUGACACUUCUCCGUGUGGAAGAUGAUUCUCAGGACCUGUCUAGUGGAGCAGAGCAUACAGAGAGUAACCAAGGGAAAGAUGUGCCGAUUCUUGUCACGGUAAGCAUGCUUGCAUACUUCUGUUUCCUUGAGCAGCUUCUGGUGAUGGAUAUGAAAUCGAGUGCCGUUGCAGUAGCUUUACCAUUCGCUUGCAUUAUUGGUCUUCUUGGAUCAGCGACAUCCACAACAAUGGUGAAGGGGAAGUAUGUGUGGAUCUUUGCAACCAUUCAAUACAGUAUCGUGGUCCUUUUCGGUCAUGUCUUCUACUCAAAAUUUGAUGUUAAGCAGCCGGUUACGCGCAUUGUCAUAGCCACUAUGGUCGGAUUUGGACUCACCAUGUCCGGCGCAGCGGUUAUUACCAUGUUUAUGGAAUGGAAGAGAUGCCAUGCUCAUCACCAGCUAGCAAGCACUCAGGUGGCUACACCACCGUUUCAGACAACAGAGUAG